AUGUUGGGGUGGCUGUUUCCCAAAGCAUUCAUAACUCAAUCAGGUGAGAAGUGCAACAGCGAUGUUGGCAUAAUGUCAGCCACCAACACCACAUUUCAUUCCUACAUCGAGGAUCAAUCGUUUGACCAUACAAAGCCUAAGCCGACAACCGAAAUCCGAAUUGGAACUGACCUACCUACACCUGGGAGCUCUCAUGAUCUGUUAGAAGGAGAGAUCGAGUGUGCAUUUUGCGAGAAUUGCUUCUUCGUUUGGCCUUUUACCGAAAAUGGUUUUGGACGGGUAGUGUGCACAAAUUUUCGAUUGCGGUUCCAAUCAUCGCCGAAGACAGAGAGCGCUUUGCCGGCUCGAUUUAAAGUUUUCAAUGAGCAGUGGGACAUCCCAUUAUGUUCGAUACACUCCCUCCAUUAUGAACCCGUUAGAAUUUCAGAGAAUCAGUCGUCAUUUUUCAAGAAGAAGUUCAUUCACGUGGUAAAGUCUCUUUCGAGUUUGGAAAUUGUGUCUUCGAUUCGUCUGCAGCUGAAGGAUUUUCGUGUUGUAACUAUCGACUUACGAGAAUCCCAGCAUGCUGCUAGCCUUCUUAAUCAAAUUUUAUUCUUUUCCCGACCACACAAAAUUGAAAACAUAAUACAAGCAGGUGCUGAACGAGAAUGGUGCUCUAGUUUGCAAUUUAAUGAUACCAAAUCAUGGGAAGCUGAGUUGGAACGCUGUGGACUUCGUAACAACUAUCACUGGCGGGUUGCGAGUCAGCUCCAGGGUCCACGGCAAUAUUUUCUAUGCAAGAGCUAUCCCAAAUACUUCGUGGUACCAGGCGACACAACAAAUUACGAGUUGAGUAGAAUGGCUGAACAUUGGACACUUAGUCGAUUUCCGAUAUGGGUAUGGGCGCGUCUCUCAACUGGUGUAUCUCUUCUACGGUCUUCAAAAUUCGACGAAAAUUGGGAAGCACCAAAACUCAAUAAAGUGUUUGCUAAAUACGUCAGCAGAGCUACCGGCUCGGAGGAUUUGGAACCACAUAGUCUGGUGCUCAAUGACGAUACUAGCCCAAUGAAAAUCUCAGCAGCCUACGGGCGACUUCGUAGGCUCUGUUCUGUUGACUCUUAUGAGCAAUUUGCCUCUCGUGACAAAGAUUGGUUAGCGCGGAUAAAUCACACUGGAUGGCUGCACUUGGUCAGCAAGUGCUUAGUGAAAGCGGCUGAAGGUGUAGAAUGGUUAACCCGUGGACGAUCUGUCAUUAUAUACGAAACUGAAGGACUGGACGCGUCUGCUGUAGUCUCCAGCAUCAUUCAAAUUUGUUGCGAUUCUUAUUAUCGUGAACCCCUAGGGUUAGAGUCGCUUAUCGCGAAGGACUGGAUAGCGCUUGGCCAUCCAUUUGCGCAACGUCUUUUCGGAAAUUCUAAUGAAAACGGUGAAGAAGAAAUAACGCCCACGUUCCUCCUCUUCCUCGAUUGCGUCGCUCAGCUCAUUCGUCUCUACCCUAUGCAGUUCACAUAUUCCCACCAUUUGCUGAUUGCGUUGUGGGAUCUUUCGCUGACUGGAAUGGUACCAGCGUUUGCGGCUUCUUCUGUGGCUGAUCAGGAUCAACUAGGAAUGCGAAAAUGCGGUGGCCCUUUCCCGCUGGAGCGAUUUUUUCAGGAGAAUUAUAUACGACUUUUCGAGAAUGUCACGAACAUGGCUGCCGUAACUGUACAGAAUGCUUAUGAAACUAACCUGACGGAAGAUAUCAUUCGUCCACCCAGAUCAAUAAUAAGUGUGCAGUUGUGGAACGAAUGCUAUUUAAGAUGGAUUCCUCCUGCAAAUAUUAAGCGUGGUGGCAAUUUAUUCACCGACAUCGCCCUCAAGGAAUCUAUUAGAAACUUACCAGCAGGCAGAUUAAUGAUUGAUGAAGAACCAGAGUGGCCUCCUGAGACGAAUGUCGACAAGGUAAGCUCUGCUUACCCUUACUCGGAAGCUGAUGUCGGUAAUCGUGGAUAUGUUAAUCGUGAUGACAGUGACAAUAUAUCCAUGUCAUCGAUGUCACUUUCAACAGCCAGUUAUAUGACGCAAGACGAUAGAUAUAGACAUCGAGCCAGCGUUCCCGUGCUUGGUGGUAUCCCAGAGCAGAUACCGAAAUUCUCGCCUUUAAGACCAAACUAUGAGAGCUCAAGCACGAGCUCGUCAUCAGCCUUUACAAAAAACGUCGUCUUGAACCCUUCAAACCUUUCGUCAAUCCCUCGUCGACGACCCUACCCGCGCCUUCGGGAUCGCUUAUCUUGA